AAUUUAUUCCACACUUACUUGUCCCUACCAAUACCCUACCGCGCCUCAGCAACCAAACUACGCCGUGACAGAUAGGUGUGUAAGAUAUUACUACUUCCGGCGCACUAAAUACAAUGCAAUACAUUCGCUUCUUGAAAACUCCCCGGUUUGUUUACACCAACAACGAGCGCUCUGGAACGGUAUUUGCCCUGGUCACUAUCGCAUCAGACCUAGGGGAGUCCUUUUUCUUUCAGGAUGUGGCCUUGACUGUCAAAUUACUUGACGGCAAAAGCUGGACAUCUUUGCCGCUUUCGGUUGCUAGGUAUACCUGGAAAGCUGGCAUGAGAACCUUGAAAAUUGAGUUGGACCUCAUCAACCGUAAAGAAAUGUUCUACCGUACUGUUGUACUGUCCGUCUCGCCCGAACAAACUCCCGCCGAUGACCUUUCGCAAUCAGGAGCUGCCGGGUCUUUAGUUCUCUCAGCAUAUAGCUCUCCAUUUGGACUUUCAGGCGGUAUCCGAGCUGAGGGAUAUGUCGAGCGGAGAUUGAUCAUCGGCCGGAAAAAGGCUUUGUCGGUCUGGGAAGAAACCGGGGAGAGCAUUGCCAGGCAUAUCUGGUGUGUAAAGUAACUAGCCCGGUUUUUUGAUGAACAGACCAGCUCAUGUGCACAGGGACGGAGGACUUGCAUUGACAGAAUAUCUUUCACAAAACGCUCUCACCUCCGAGAUCAAGAAUGAAGACAAAAGGCUGGAUAUCCUCGAUAAAAUUCUCGGGCUACCCGAAGGCCUCGAAGUCCUGGAGCUUGGCAGUGGGUAAAUAAUUCCUUCUAAUAUAAUAUGUACUGAUAAACUUACUUUGGAAGGUGCGGCAUUGUUGGGUUGGCAUUGGCCUCACUCCAUAAGAAUUGUCAUGUCACCUUAACAGAUUUGCCUCUUGCAGAAGAGAUCAUCGUUAAAAACAUCGAGUGUUCAGGCUUGCAGGGAAACAUAGAAUUUAAACUGCUUGAUUGGGAUCAAAACAUCCCGGAAGAUCUCACGACCGGGCCGAUAGGGCUUAUUGUAGUUGCGGAUUGCACAUACAACGCCUCCAGCGCGCCCUCUUUGGUACGUGUGCUCGCAGAGCUCUCCAGGAGGUCCCCCGAUGCGGUUAUUUUGCUGGCACACAAAAGGAGACACGAUAGUGAAGACGUGUUCUUUCAAUUGAUGGAUAAGUCAUUCCGGAAAAUUGAGCAAAUUCAACGCGCCCUAGGCACCGAUCCCAACGAGGAAGCCACCAAUGUGGAUAUUUACAUAUUCCAGUCACCUUGAUACUUGCCUAUCCCCCUGUGAUCACUCCCCAUCUCUAAUCCCCCCAUAUCAGUCUAUCACGCAAACUCCAGAAGGUGGAAUUUUCUUAUGUUAUCAUCAUGUAUAAUUCUUUGUUACCAGUAUUCGAAUCGAAUCCAGUUCGAAUGACAAGGCUUCGGUACCCGAGGACCGGAACCGUUCUACCCGCCCCGUGAAACACGGCAGAUGAGGAAGGCCUGUUUGGCGUCAUCAGGGUACUGGUAUGUAAGACAGCAUGAGAGCGAACUACUCGUACGGUACUGCACUAGUACCGGUACUGUACUGCUUGCGGUGCUGGUUCUGCAGCCUAGCUGCGGGUCAAGUGCACUUCUCACAAAAGAAACCUUUGGCUCAGGCUUCCCAUGGGUACCAUAGAUACAGUGCAGUAAGGUACAUGCUCGUACAGCGCGAGAAGAGUGGUGUCACAUGGAUAUGUGCCCUCUGGAGCAAAGUUCUUGCGGCUCCGAAGGCGCGGAGUAACAACGAACAUGCGCUGUACGAGAAUGGCCAUCGCCAGUGGCAGCGAUGCGCUGGUUUGGAGUGAGCCCUUUUAAUUGCGGGCGAGUGGAUAUCCAUCCCUUCCAGCACUAGACACGACACAUAGCAAAAAUGUUCUCCCCCGCCAUUCGAGGGAUUCCCUGUGAGGUUCCGGUUGGUUGGUUGGAGAUGGCAGAGAAAGGUCCCUUCUCCCAGAUGAAUUGGGAUGCACCCUUUCCGGACCAUACUCUGUCCGGCGAAGGACGACGACACUCCAAUUGAACCCGAAAUUUGACCCUUAUUGGAUGCCGGAGUCUGCCUUCCACGGAUUCCAGCAUGCUUUAUUUAUUAUCGAGUUCGGUUUUCAUGCUCUGCAAGUACGGUGCGAUACCGGAAAUAUUUCCUGAUCCCAGCAAUAGGGGGUGACACAAGAUGAUUGUUCUGGAAUAUUCAUUCUGGGAAAAGUAAUCAAUAAACCUCCCAACCUGCCCUCCGCUAAUUUUGGAAUGGUAGCACGACCACCGCGAAGCCACGUGAGCAAAAGGACCUGAUCGCAACUCUUAAAGGAACGUCUGAGGGCUUCGGCCGAACUUUCUCGACAGGGGGAGGCUUCGGCACAGAGAAAUACUACAGUAGGAAGGAGACCGGAGAGAAUAAAACCCAAACGGGGGCGAUUCAUGUUCAUGUCUGUGGCGAGGGUAGGGGUUUGGGAGGCUGAAAGUGACAAAAUCUGCAAGGGCGAUCGUGGAACUUCUGGAAGCCAAUUUCUUGGUUCGGCGACCAACCUACGGUACGGGUAUGAAUUUUGCCUUACAAAAAAAAAGGGUUUUCCGGGCUAUCACACAAUUCCUUUUUAUUACUCGCUAAGGGCUAGAUGGCAUCGUUUGUGCACAACCCUUGUCUGCCCUUUUACCCCUUUCGUUGCAAUUCGAGGGGGGGGUUAAGGGUGCGAGGCCAAGUGACCAAACAAACGGGUAGCGGUACCAGCAGUUCACCAACAUCCUUUGUUACCCGGAGGGUGCGAACGACUGAUAUUGGGCGUAAUAUGCUGUUUCACGUGCACGCACACACAAAACUGAUCCUUUGAUUUGGUGGAGCCGCCGUCUUCUUGCACUGUCGGAGCGAGAGGAAGGUAUUUAGGAGGGUACCGGUGGGAUUGUUGGUUGUUUUUUCUUUUUUCUUUUUUCUUUUCUAUCAUAGCUGUGCAGCUUGUAACGGUACGGUACCGGUAGUCAGCAGAUCUUCCAGCUCCGCGAAAGACUGUCCAUCUACAAAGUGCUCGUGGAGGUCACGUUUGUGACCAAGUUACCGAAGCAGACCUCGCUAUCAACUUCCUCCCCGUACCGGUAACUUAUGUGAUACCUGACCGCGAUUCAACUUAACUCCAUCACGGAGAUGGGCCAUCUCUCACACACUCUCUUCACUCGAACCUCGUAUCAAUCCGGGUGAAAAAGUAUAACCGGCCCCACCAUUUUUGCGGAAAAAUGGAGUUGACCACAAACAGGCCCAGCAGUCACUUACUCCUUCCCUCAAGGAUGGACAAAUGCAGGGAAUAUAGAAGCAGGCACGAGGAAGGGGCAAUAAUUGAUAUUUUCUUUUCUCCUCUCCCUCCUGUCACAUCCAAUCGAUCUCUCUGAGACUUUGUGGCCAGCGCCCCUCCCACCAAUUUUUUUUUUUCUUUUCCAUCCACAGCCACUGGUCCAAAGGAAAAUUUUCCUAUCCUAUCCCGAACGUGAUACCAGUACUCGUACACGCAGAGGAAAGGGUUGAGGCUACAGGGUACCUGAAUGCGGAGGCGAGGUUGAUUUUUUUCUUUUCUUCUCUUUUUUUCUUACGUAUGGUGGAAUGGAAACAGGGAAAUCGGUGGACUCGGCAUGACCCAGAACAAAAAUCGCAGUCAGAGAGAAAUAUCACUCGAAUGAAGCGGCUUUGGACAAGGAAGAGGAGCAACACGCUGGAAUUGGCUGGUAUCUAAUGGGGGACGGGUCCUGAGCGGAGAGGGAAUUAUUUUGGGGAAUAGGUUCACCUGGAGCUAGUCAGGGCGAGUGCACUGGUUCCGAGAGUGAUUUUUUGUGUGCUUGUGUUCAAAAGUCAUGGCUACGGUACCGCAGUUUUUCUCCUUCUCCCCCCUCUUUCGUAGUCUUUUUUUCAGCCUACGGAAAGAUCCAGAGAGACCAGCGUCACUCUAAGGCUUUGUUUUGGAAACUCAGACCGGUCACUGAUGGUCUCCCACGGUGCCUUUCUGUUCCGAGAGUCCUCCUGUAAGUCGGAUCGACGCUUACUGGAGGAUUGGAUCAGGGCAUUGCAAGAUGUUGAUUGAUGACCGAGUCAGAGCACCCGGGCCGCAAGAAAAAAGGGGCGUGGUUAGUGAGAUGGAUGAUGGCUGCAGUGGAGGUGGUAUUGGGUUCCGUAGAAAGCAAGCGUGCGUGUAAUGUAUAAGGCAUCAUAAACCAAGAGUCUUGAGAGGGAGAAGAAAAUAAUAAUAAUAAUACUAGUAAUAGUGAAAUGGAAGCAACUGUUCACGUAACUUCUCCCUCUCCUCGUCCGCCGUCACUUCCACACACAGUGCCCGCCUCCGAAGAUUGUAAGUCUUGCCCUUUUUUUCAUCCCCCCCCCACCUUCCUUCCCUAGCUGUUUGCCCUUCUCUUUAUUUCCCCAGCAUUCCCCCCUUCAUCCUCUUUCUUCUUUUCCUCCUCCUUCCACUCAUCUAUCCAUCCAUCAGCUUUCAUCGCUUUUCUGUCAUUGGUUUACUUUUUUUUCCCUGCCAAAUCGAUUUCUCGCUCUCCUCCCUGCCUCACCCCAAAGAAUAAGUCGGGCGGUGCAAAAAAAUCGGGAGAGAGGAAGGAAAGCACGAGAAGAGACGAUUACCUCAUCGAGAGGCUUAAAUAAAAAAAGUUUUUGCUGCAUGUACUCAGCAGUCAUCUCAAAACACUCAAUAUCCCCCUGAGUACUGGGCAGCUGGGCCAUCUAGUGGACACACGCAUCAGUAGCCUUGCUGGUUCUUCCCCGCUCCUCACCCCUCAUCCAUUCAGCCUGCCCUUUCACGGUAGUCCCAUAUCCAGGAACGAGGCGCAGGUUAUACGGCAACGAUCAUCCGGGAAAAGUGGUAGAAAUCUUUUGGCACCCAGACACAUAUUCCUCUCUCACACGUAACUACGCCCUCACCUCGCUUUACUCGGUACUCUCUUUGGCUCGCGCAUUAGGGCAUUCGAAAUAGUUCGUGUCUUGCUGCAGGCGUUAGCUGCAUCACGCCGACCAACGGAUCUACUAAUAAGCAACUCGAAACAUAUGCCACUUGGGCUCGCGGCUCUUCCUUAAAAGCCUCCCUCCGCGCUCCCAUUUCACGCCUUUGAACACCAAAGGCGUCAAUCGAUCAUCCACCACGCCUCGCAGGUUCUUGCUCAGAACAUCUCUCAAGAUUGUAUCCACUCGACCCUUUCGGAGUACAUUUAACAACAUACCGCCUCCGGAGACCUUCGUUCACAACAGCUGUUUUAGGGGUUGCUAGUUUGAAGACAUCAAAACUUCAACCCCAAUUCCUUUCCCUGCUGCAUAGUUCUCGCCAUCGUUUCCUUCCUCUUAAGGAGGAGGGGUCGAGGCGGUCGCCCUUCGUCAACUUCGAGUGUGUUCGAUUUCGUCCACCUUAGCAGGAAGUUUUGCACUAUCGUUAUCAAUUCUUACAGUCUUUGGGCUUAGAUUUCUCAGUUUACCAUCAACCAUUUUCGACACAUGAGUCCUUCUGAAACCGUUGCUUGGCCACCCGUCGAUAUCUCCUCCCACUCUGAGAGUUCCUUUCAACCUUGGUGCCCUCAAGCUAUGGCUCCUUCAGCACUUGCGCCCCCGGGACCGGUCCCCCCAGCUGUCACCCCAUACAGCUCCAAGAGAUUCGUUGGUUCCGCCGCCACCAGCACAAAGCACCUUGCGCAGGCUUCAAUAUUCCGGGCAUUGCAAACGCAUAUCAACGCUAUCAAUCCCGAUGAAUGUGAGGCGGGGGUUGAGGACGCCUUCUUCGUGGCAGACCUUGGCGAGGUUUACCGCCAGCACAUGCGCUGGAAGAUGAAUUUGCCUAGAGUGGAGCCUUUCUAUGGUAAGAAUAAUCCAUCAUAUUCGACGUAUACAAAUUAACUUGGCGUAGCUGUUAAGUGUAAUGGCGACGAGAAGGUUCUGAGGCUUCUUGCUGCAUUGGGAACAGGCUUCGACUGUGCCUCCAAGGCGGAAAUUCAACAGGUCCUGAACCUCGGCGUUAACCCAUCUCGCAUCAUCUAUGCAAACCCUUGCAAAACAGCAUCCUACAUUCGCUAUGCAGCCGAGGAAAAUGUUCGUAUGAUGACCUUCGAUAACGCCGAAGAGCUUUAUAAGGUGAAAAAGUUUUUCCCGGAUGCCCGCCUUUUCCUUCGCAUCUGCACAGAUGAUUCCAAGUCCUUGUGCCGCCUUAGUCUUAAGUAUGGUGCUCCAUUGGAUUCCACUCGUCAUUUGUUGGAAUUGGCCAGGGAUUUGCGGUUGGAUGUGGUAGGUGUUAGCUUCCACGUGGGGUCCGGGUCAUACGACCCCACUGCAUUUGUGACCGCCGUUCAGGACGCCCGUAGGGUGUUUGAUGAAGCAGCAGAGGUUGGCUACGACUUGCGUACACUGGAUGUUGGGGGUGGUUAUGGAAAUGACAACUUUGAAGCUAUCGCCGCCGUUCUUGGGCCCGCCAUUGACCAAUAUUUCCAGUCCAGUGUCCGCGUUAUUGCCGAGCCUGGCCGCUAUUAUGUUUCCUCGGCAUUUACGAUUGCAACUCACAUCAUUGCACGCCGUACUGUCCAGGAGGAUGGAUCCCGCAACCCUUCUUACAUGAUUUACCUCAAUGAUGGUGUUUACGGAAAUUUCUCGGGUAUCCUAUUCGAUCACCAGAAACCAGUUCCGAAGGUGCUGAAGCAUGGAGAUGAAUACUCUUUCGAGUCGACCCCUACCGAUUCUCAAUUGAUCAAAUACUCCAUCUGGGGACCAACCUGUGAUGGUAUUGAUUGUGUGUCCUCUUCUAGCUAUUUGCCUGAGGUUUUGGAAGUGGGCGACUGGCUCUAUUUCAGUGACAUGGGAGGUUCGUAUUACCAUAUCUCAGGUUUAUGAUGCUGGUGGCUGAUUGCCUAUGUAGCCUAUUCUAAGUGCUCGGCGACGAAAUUCAACGGGUUCAGCGAUAAUCACGACGUUGUCUAUGUUGUGAGCGAUCCAGGAGCGUUGGCACUCCUCCCCUAAGUGGCUGCCGACGAGCAACUCUCUAAUUCGUCCGUUGCGAGUUUUCCCGAUGGAAGUUCGGGUUGGGCUGUGACUUGGGCCAACUGUGGUACUAUUUUUUUAUUUUGGCUUUGGGUGUUUAUUUCACUUCUUAAUCGUAUAAUAUUACAUGGCUAUGUAUAGAUGGCUUCGAGUGUUUUUAUUUCCGUCAUACACCUUGAAUGUUUCCCUUUUUUCUCUUUUCCUUUAUUGUUUUUUUUUUCUUUUUCACUGAGAUGUUUCAUCUGUCGGACAUGUUGAUCGUGUUGCGGCUAUUUGAGAUUUUUUUUUGCAUUUUGAGGUUCAUUUUAUUCUCGGGAAAAAGUUUUAGAAGGGAUUUCAUUGAUGAGUGAAUGGAGAAAUACAGAUUUGAUGGGUUUGUUUAGUUUAUUGUUGUUGAGCUUGGAGGGGAAUAAUUAUAAGUUUAUUAGAUUGUGUUUUAUAUUGGACCAUUAUUUUGUUGUAAUUGAUAUCAGUUUCCUGCA